AUGCAGCUCAGCACCCUGGUCCUCCUCGCUGCCAUCCCUCUUUACUUCCUGGUCCGCAGCGUCCACCGAAACAUUCAGUUCCGCCGCUUCUCGCGCCUCAACAAUGCCUCCGCCCCACCCAUGUUGCCCUCCUCUGUCCUGACGCUCCAUUUGGAUUGGCUCAUCACCGCGAUCCGGAUGGCGACCUCUCAUUCCAUGAUCGCCCAUUUCAGGUCUCUCUUCACUACUCUCCAAAUAUCGACACUGAGUGAACCUCCGGUGUUGCUCGGACUUCUUGGUUCCAGCGCCAUCGUGACGCAGGACAAGGAGAACAUCAAGGCGCUCCUCGCCAUGCAUGUGGACGACUACGCCAUCGAACCUGUACGACACGAGCUACAUCCGCUGCUUGGGCAAGGAAUCUUCAAUUCCGACGGGGAGAAAUGGGCGCUGAUGCGAGCGAACCUGAGGCCUUGGUUUGGUCGAGGUUCCAUACGGAAGUCCAGCAAGAAGGGGCAAAGGAGCGAUCUGCACCACGCCCUCCGUGGCAUGGAGGGUCUCGAUCUCUACGACCUCGCGGGCCGCUCGGAGAAGCCGGUGCAGAAACUCCUGGAGAGCCUGCGCGCUCAAUGGACCAACGGCCGGACCGUGGAUCUUUCUCCUCUUUUCUUCCAUCUGAUGUUCGACACUUCAACGGGCAUGACAUUUGCGACGCCCUCGGCGCCGCCUUCCCCAUCUGCCUAUCCCGAGGAAACCGCUGAGCUGGAGGCUUAUCGGAAUGCCCGUACCUGGCACCGCCUCGGCGGCUGGGGUAUAGGCGUCCCCAAAAACGUUCCACACACGGAUACCAUGUCGGUCUCAGAUUUCGAAGCGGUCUUCGACCGUGCCUUCCUCUGGCUCGCCGAGAGCAACAUCGAGGUCAUGGGCGUACGCAUGCCCAACGAGAGUUUCUUCCGAGACUGCGAGAUCAUCAAGUCGUACCUCGCUACGCAGGUGGAUGCCGCGAUCCUGCGACGGGACACCGAAAAGUCACGCGCCAAGGUAGAAGGCAGCCAGGGAGCGACCCAAAAGCCGUUGGGCGCGCUGAUUGACCAUCUCGCGGCGCUGGAGCCCCCCAUGGCCCGCGACGACAUCCGCGACGAGGCUCUGCAUAUCCUCUUCGCGGCCCGCGACACCACCGCCGGCACCAUGUGCGACCUCUUCUGGCUAUUAUCCCGUCACCAAGGCGUGCUGACGCGCCUACGGACCGAGAUUCUAACACACUUUCCCCAGGGCGGUUCGCCGGAGGAGAUCACGUUUGAGCGCACAAAGCAGCUGCUGUACCUGAGUGCCGUUAUCAAAGAGACGAUCCGGCUGCAUCCCGUGUUGCCCUUCAAUGCCAAAGCGGCUGUGAAGGACACGAUACUGCCCCGUGGCGGCGGUCCGGAUGGCAAGGGCAAGGUCGCGGUCCGCAAAGGCACACACAUCGUCUGGUUCACGUAUGGCUUGCACCGGAACGAAAAAGUGUACGGCGCGGACGUCGACGCCAUGCGGCCGGAGCGGUGGCUGGACGGUCGAGACGUCGAUGCCGAUGACAAGGACUGGUUGGACACGGGCCACGGUGACGAGAACGGCGCGUUAGGAGCUGACGUGCGGUCGCCCACCACACCCGGGGCACCAGGAACGGCGCCCAAGGGCAUCAGGCCUGGAUGGGCGUACAUUCCAUUCAAUGGCGGGCCGCGCACCUGUAUUGGCCAGCAGUUCGCCUUGGGAACGCUCAGCUACGUCACGGUACGGGUGCUGCAGGAGUUGGAGCGCGAGGGGUUGCGCAUGGUGAGUAGGGAUGCGGACCCGUGGACGGAGAAGUUCUCGUUGACGGCGAAGAACUUGAAUGGAUGUAAGGUUGCGUUUGUGCGUGAAGAGGACGGGUUGAAGGAAUGUUGA